ACUUGAGAAUCGUUCAAAAUCAUACUUUUUAAUCAUUCAUCCAUCUUGAUUUGUAUAUUCUUUCAAUUGAAUUAUAUUUAUUGCUAUCAUACCUGGAUGUUUCGAUCCCAAAUCAGAUUCUAACCUACAGCAACUGAAAAAGUGAGAAUCCAAGUCGAGAUGGCUGCUCCAAAUCACACAAUUUACAUCAACAACCUUAAUGAAAAGAUAAAGAAAGAUGAACUCAAGAAGUCGCUGUAUGCCAUCUUCUCCCAGUUUGGUCAGAUCUUGGACAUCGUAGCGUUGAAGACCCUCAAGAUGCGAGGUCAAGCUUUUGUAAUCUUCAAAGACAUCAUGUCGGCUACCAGCGCACUGCGGUCCAUGCAGGGCUUUCCUUUCUACGAUAAACCCAUGAGGAUACAAUACUCCAAGACGAAGUCGGAUGCAAUCGCCAAGAUCCAGGGAACUUAUGUCCCAAGAGAAAAGAGGAUAGAAAAGAAGAAAGCUGAGGAGCCAGUGAAGGGAAGGAAGAACAGGCAGAACAGACACGCAGACGUCAUCAUCCCCCCUCCGUCACAGAUCCCCAUGCCUGGAGCUCCCCCAGUCAACCAGCCUCCACCCCUGCUGGGUGACAUGCCCAUGCUGGGGCAACCGCCGAUACAAGCCCCACCUGCACCGGCACCAGUUGUUCCUGAUGAGCCUAAUAACAUCCUCUUCCUUACGAAUUUACCGGAAGAAACCAAUGAGCUCAUGUUGGAGGUUUUAUUCAAGCAAUUCAAUGGAUACAAGGAAGUCCGUCUCGUCCCAGGGAGACACGACAUCGCCUUUGUGGAAUUCGCUAACGAACAACAGUCGGGAACAGCAAAGGAUGCCCUCCAAGGAUUUAAAAUCACGCCGACAAACACUCUAAAAAUUGCAUUCGCCAAAAAAUAGUUCCUCUAGGUUUUCGUUCAUGGAUUGUACUCAAAAUGUUGCACUCCCCUGUGGAGAGAUUAGUGACCAGUUAUGUCCGAGAUUCAAUGUUUGUUUGCUUUGAAUUUACGAAAUGUAUUAAAAUAUUUCCUGACUGUAAACUAGAUCAGGAUUACUAUGACCCUUGAUUGAAAAUUCCUGACAGAACGCUUGCCCAUGUUCUACAAUAGAUAGUGAUCUAGUGAGACCAAUGCCUGUAACACAAAAGAUUAGCAAUCAAUCUCAAACAUGAAACAAUUCUCAUUGGUUACUGGUCAGUGGUUUGAGCAUGGUGCCCAUGAUGGACCGAUGAUCAUGAUUGGCUUUUGCUUGUUCUGCCAUUGAUUUCUGUAUCCCAAAUGUUACAUCUAUUGGACAUAUCCUGGUUAUCAUAAAACAUCAAUUCUGAUUGGUUACCGGUCAGUGGUUUGAACCCAGUGCACAUGCACCAAUGAUCCUCAUUGGCUCCUGCAAGCUCUAUAAAUUAACCACUGGAUGCCUAAUGUUUAUCUUGUUGGAUGUGGAGUGUUCACACUCGCACAGUUUUCCGGCUUCACGCAGACCAGCAGCCAUAGGAUUUAGCUACAAAUAUUAUCAGUGGGAACAGUGAUAUUAAAAGGUCAAGUUGAAUGCUUUUUUUUAUAAACUGUUUGGAAUAACAAUUAACUUACUUUAGCCCCAUUGAAUAAUUAAGUGCUACAAAAGUGAUGAAAUUUUCAUUCACAAAUAAAACUGAAGGUCCAGAGCCCUUUAUUUAUAUUUAAUAUCAAAGACAUAAAAGGUUAAUCAAAUUUAUAACCAGAAAUAGAUUUCAUCUUUAAAACUAAUGUAGUGUGAUAGCAUCCUAUAGAGAUGCAUGAUAUGUCAUAUUCAAGGAUUUAUAAUGUGAUACAUCUUUUAUACUUGGUGCAAAUGAAUUCAUGGUUAUGACAAUAUUUUAGACAUUCAUUCAUAAUUGGGUCACAUGAUAUUCACAAGUCACCUGAUAUGUGUUCUUGUCACAUGAUCUGUGACCUUGAUCAAGCUGACCUGCUUUUCCUUGCGUGUCCCAUGAUGCAUUGCACACUCCUGCUCAUGGCACGUAUCUCUCAACAGCUCCCCUAAACCUGCUCUCUGAUUGGUCAUCUGUUAGGAUCGCAGCCACCAAUCACGGCUCAGUGUAGGUAUCACAUGGUUUGUAUAGAAAUCAACAUCAAAAUCGUGUUGGUGCAAGAAUGCCCUUAGCAAAAAAAAUGUGUGCAUCGGUGCACAAAUGCCCUUGUGCGUGCUGCGAAAGGCGUUUUUUGCAAUGCGUCGGUGCAAGAAUGCCUUCGGCAAAACAUUUUUGUGCAUCGAUGCAGAAACGCCCUUGCGCUUAUGCGUGCUGCUAUUUGCAAUUCGUCAAAGUGUGGUGUUACAGUGUAAGGAUGUUCUUGCACCGAAACAACAAAAUUAUUUGUUUAUUGGGAUAUAUUAAGUGAUAAUCUUGUGUAACAUUUCUGAUAAAGGGUUAUUGGUGCUUGAAUAAUCAACUAUCCAUAUAAUGUAUGCCUUGCAGAAAUAUUCUAAUGCAAAAUUCUGAUAGUGAUGAAAAUAAAAUAAUCUGCUAUCGAUUAUAUGUCUGAUGCCUCAGUUGCAAAAGAAUCUUAUUCAACUUUCUGGUAUAGCGCCAUUAGAAAAAUCAACUAUCCAUGUAAUAUCUGAUGCUUUGCCAAAGGUAUUUGAUUUAACAGUUUGGACUUGAAGCUAUUGAUACUAGCAUAAGCAAUUUUUUGUACAAUGUAUGAGACCUUGCAAAAAGAAAAAAUGUCAUUUUCAGGUGUACUAACUCCUUUUCUUGAUUCUUUCAGUCAUGUUAAAACAAAAAUGAUUUUUUCUUUUUUUCAAUGUAGGGUAAUUUUUUUUUUGAGGGGGUCAUUGCAUGAAAAAAAUAUAUCUCCAAAUGUCACUUAUGUAAGGAACUAAAUAAGUUUGAUCUUCUCAUUCAACAAAGAAAAUAUUUGGCAUAAAAUAUCACUUGGAGUGAAAUAAAGUGAAAGGAAUAUCUUUAAAUAUACAUUUUCAACAUUUCAAUUCCUCCGAUGUAUAAUGAAAGCUAAAAGGGAACCCCGGGUGGGGGGGAAUGGUGGAUCAAUUUCUUUUGGCAUGAACAUUUUUUAUUAUUUUUAUAUUUUUUUGUUUCGUUUUUGUUGAUGUUAUCUAAAUCUGACACAUCUGACUUGUAUGGUUUUUUUCUGCACCAGAGGCAAUGUAAAAUAGCAUCUCAACAUUCUUUACAUUGCAUUUGUAAAUAAACCACUUUUCUUAUCAACA